AUAGGUAUAGAUAGAAGCGUGUGUAUUUUUAUUUCUUUCGUACUGAUAUGUCCACGUCAGAUUCUCCUUGUACCUAGCUAGAGAGUGAGUGUGCGAGAGAGAGAAUCCGAAAUCGAAAUCGAAUCUGGAUUUAAAGAGGAACUAGGGUUCUUAUAGGGAGUUGGGAUAGCGAUAAUCGAGGAAAUGUUGGACUAAGAAGAAAUCAAUUUGGGAGAGACUACUUGCUCAUCAGUUUUUGUUGUGUAUGGCUGAUAGAAGAGAUGGGAAUCGUUACAUUGGUCUGACAGGUCGUUAUAAAUUGGAGUCUGGAACUUGUAAUGUCUGCUCUGCUCCUUGUUCGUCUUGUGUGCAUCGUAAUGCGGGUUCAGUGUCAGAAGAGUCUUCGGGUGAAAACUCCCAUGGUGUAGUGGCGAGCCAGUGUUCUUUCAACGAGGGAGAUCUAUUGCGUUCUUCUCGCCUUAAUCUUGUUCAUGAUACUUCCUCUGAGCAUUCUGAGAGUCAAGAAGUUGUAAGGUCUUCUAAUCAUCAAGUCAAGAAAAGUGUUUUAGUUGAAAGCUCUACGCACUCAGAAAUUGGGAUGGUUGGGGAAUCGGGAGAGAAUAUUGUCUUAAAUAAGGGAGAGGAACCAAACACAUUAGCUAUGUCUGAGUGUGAGAGUGCUGAUUCUGAACCGCAGGAAGUUGAUGUGAAAAUUUGUGACACUUGUGGAGAUGCGGGCCGUGAGGAUUUGCUUGCUAUCUGCAGCAGAUGCAGUGAUGGUGCAGAACACACCUAUUGCAUGCGAGUAAUGCUUAAAAAAGUUCCAGCGGGUGAUUGGCUUUGUGAAGAAUGCAAGUUUGCUGAGCAAGCAGAAAAGCAGAAGCGAGACAAAGAAUCUAAGAGAAAGCAAGAAAGUGAGGCAAAUUUGAAUACACAGAGCUCCAGCAAAAGGCCCAUAGAUAGACCUGAGGCAGCUCCAGAUGCUAAAAGACAAGCAUUUGAGGCUCCAACAGGUUCACCAAAAAAACCUGUUCUCCCCAGGUUGCCCACUUUUUCCCGGGAAACAUCAUUUAAGCGCUUAGAGAAGACAACGAGAAAGCUAGCUCAUCACUCAUCUUUCAAUAGCCACUCCAGUGAUGACACAGAAAGCACACGAUCCACUGACUCACAGGUCCAAUCUCCUAAAGCUUGUGCAGGCUCCCUUUUUAAGUCCAAGUCGUUUAAUUCUUCGAGCUCUAGACCAAAAGUGAGACCAGUGGAUGAUGUUAUGCCUAAGGAGGGGCUUUCUAGAAAAUUAGGUAGAUCAAUGUCAACUAGAUGUAUAGACGUAGGGAGCUCUGGUUGCAAUGACUCAAGAGUACAAGGUUCAAAGCAACUGAAAGAUCGGAGUACAGAAGCAUCCGGAGUCGAUCAGAAGCUAAUCUCACGUGGCAAUUCGUCCAGUUCCUAUGCAAAUAGUGCACGUGAUUUGAAGAGUUUGCAGUCUGAUGGUAAAGAAGGUAGCUUGACAAAGAAAGCCAGACAUCUAAGUCGAAACCGCCUGGAAGAUAUAGUUGCUUCUGUGGGGGAUACACAUACGAAUGAAAAUAGCAAAGACGCUGUUGGUAGUCGCCGAAGGUCAUCUUUAAAAGACCUGUCAUCUCAAAAAAUUCAGACAGCCGAACCUGCUGAGACUUCAUGUUCCUCUGGAAGCAAUCUCUCUACCACGCGAAACAUUAGCGAGGAUGUUAAUAAAGGCAAUAGGUUGCGAGCAGCGGUCGAUGCUGCUCUCCGAAAAAAGCCUAGUUUCGGGAAGAACCGUGGUUUGGAGCAGUCUGAUUUGCCGUCAGUGUCUAAUGUGGAUUCUAGUUGCGAUAGGGCUCUUCAAAAUUUUCCCUCGAAGGUGCUGAGAGAUUGGCCUGUGGGAUUGCAAGGAGGGCAGGAGAUUGCAGUAAAUAGAAAACAGUCUACACUCGCUGGUGCUGAUGCAAUGGCUGCUCCUCAAUCUCUAGAGCCUGCAGUUCAUUUACAUUCGGUAAAGCCGGUUAUUAGAGAUUUGCCUGUGGGAUUGCAAAGAGGGCAUCCAAAUUUAAAUACCGACAAGCAGACGAUUGUAGUAAAUAGAAAACAGUCUACACUGGCUGGUACUGAUGCAAUUGCUGCUCCUCAAUCUGUAGAGCCUGUAGUUCAUUUACAUUCUGUAAAGCCGGUCAUGAGAGAUCUGCCGGUGGGAUUGCAAGGAGGGCAUCCAAAUUUACUGACAGACAAGCAGGCGAUUGCAGUAAAUAGAAAACAGUCUGCACUCACUGGUGCUGAUGCAAUGGCUGCUCCUCAAUCUGUAGAGCCUGCAGUUCAUUUACAUUCUGUAAAGCCGGUCAUUAGAGAUUUUCCUGUGGGUUUGCAAAGAGGGCAUCCAAAUUUACAGACAGACAAGCAGACGAUUGCAGUAAAUAGAAAGCAGUUUCCACUCGCUAGUGCUGAUGCAAUGGCUGCUUCUCAAUCUGUAGAGCCUACGGUUCAUUUUCAUUCUGUAAAGCCUGUCAUGAGUGAUUUGCCUGGGGUUGACCCAUCUGUUCUGUCGACAACCUCAGCCAUCCCAGAGCCUGAAUACAUUUGGCAAGGGGAGAUGGAGGUGCGGAAAAGCAGAAAUCUAUCGGCAAUGCAUUGUGGAAUGCAAGCGUAUCUAUCAACAUUAGCAUCACCUAAGGUUGCUGAAGUGGUGAACCAGUUUCCAGUAAAAGUGACCUUGAAUGAAGUACCCAGGCUAAGUACAUGGCCUUCGCAGUUUCAAGAUAUAGGUGCUAAGGAAGGCCAUGUGGCUCUUUUCUUCUUUGCCAAGGACAUCGUGAGUUAUGAGAGAAGUUACAAGCCCCUAGUAGAUAACAUGAUCCAGAAAGAUUUAGCUCUAAAAGGAAGCCUCAAGGGUGUUGAGCUUUUGAUUUUUGCCUCCAAUCAGCUUCCUCGGAACUGUCAGCGUUGGAACAUGUUCUUUUUCCUUUGGGGUGUAUUUCGAGGAAAAAACAAGAAAUGUUCUGAUCCACUCAAGAACAAACCUCUUCCGGCGUCUAAUGUUUUGCCAAAUAUGGGGAGAGUGUUUUCUACACGUGAGGGCUUUUACAAUGAAAAUCCAAGCAACAGAGAGUCCUUGCAAUCGUGCAUGAAGGAGGAGAAUGCUAAAGAGGGUGAAGCGGGCGGUGGAGAUAGUGGAGCGGUGGAAGAAACUGAGGAAGGAGAGAUAGGUUCUUGCCCACAGUUGAAGGAUGAGAAGAUUUCAGGGCCUAGGAGAGUAAAUUCAUCUGACGUGAACCAUAAUGUGGACAUGGAUGAUCUGAAUAGUGAAGGACCAGCGAAUAAAAAGCUGAAGACAGGCACAGGAGUAGAAACCGAAUGUAACAUAUUUAGGAGGGAUACAUCUGGUCCCCGUCCCCGUGAGGAGGAAAAUGUGAUCAAGAAGAACCCAGUUGCAACGGAAAGGAUCGUGUUCCCUUUGGAUUUGAAUGAUGGAAAGGAAGAGGAUACUGUAAUGGUAGACAAUAAUCCAAGAGCACUAGGCGAUGACAAGAACAAACAAAGACCACUCGGUAUGGUCCCAAAUCUUGAGCUGGCUCUAGGAGAGGAUGAAACUACUACAACCACAGGAGUCCUUUUGCCCUUCAUGGCUGGACCUAGCGCCAGUGAAAAACAUAGAAGUAGCAAUAGCCAGAAGGCAGAAGAAGAGAAUGCAGCUUCUCUCUCACUAUCCUUGUCCUUCUCAUCCUUGGAGAAGGAACAACAACAACAACAAAGACAACAGCAGAAUCAGAGACGAGUAUCUGGAUGGGAACAAAAGAAGCAGAAUGUGAAUACUCCUAUGUUUCUCUUCAGAGACUUCCCUGACAAAUCCUCAUAGGGUUCUUACUUGUUAGGGGAUGACGAUAUCAGCAAGAGAGUAUAUGCAGUAGCUUUGGAUUAUCUGUUCAUAUAAAAAAAAAAACAGGAAACUUAUAUUUUAGUUUGGCUUUUGGUUUCCUGAAGAAGACUUGACCAAACCAGGACUCGCAGCAGCUUUGUACAAUGAAGGCGAUGGGCAAAAGACAGAUGAGAAGAUGUCGGUUUUGUAAACUGAUCUGCUUAAACCUAAAGUGUGUGUUUAUAUAUGUUUUUAGCUUCUCUGUUUUACUCAUGUUCGUUAUAGAUAUAGCAAAUAAGCGAGUAGCUGACAAGUUUAUUCAUACA